CAUUAGCCAAUGAGAGCUGAGGUGUGUAACCCACAACUAUAGCUUUAUCUGAAAGACGCUCAGACAGAGGAGACUCUCGCUCCAGUCCUGAGGACAAUCACCACCCCAUGAACACACAGGACUCAGUCUUGAUGUAAAAACAAGAGGUUUACUUUGGGAUACCAAUGCACUGGGGCUCGACACGGUCCACACGCAGGAGGGAUGUGAGGAGCCUCGAACAACAGAAAUGUACAGCUUAAACAGUCAUUUACGAUCACACAGUUUCAUUAGCUCAGCUAUUUCGGUGCCAAGGAUAACUAGGCAGAUGUUUCUCAUACUGGAAUUCCUGGGAUAAGGCCUUAACCACAUCAAUGUAGCUAUUUCUGUAGGAAGGACGUCUGACUUGAUAUAUGUUUUCUUAUCCUGGGGUUCCCAGGACAAGGAUCAAGGAUAUCUGUCUUGGCAGGUGUUUCUCUUCUGGAGUUCCCAGGACAAGGUUAUAGCGAUGUCAGCCUAUAGCACAGCUGCAUUCAGUACCAAGGACAUCUUACUUCUAUAGUGGUCAGUCAGCUUCCCAGAGAUGUUUCCUGUCUUGUAAUUGCCCUGCAGUAAAUAUGUUCUAUACCCUCUGUUCUUAUGGUCGGGCAGCUUCCUAGAGAGUGGGUGGGAAUGUGCUUUCUGUACUUUCUGGUCUAUUGUCUAAUGUCACGGGGCUAAGUGAGGGCCAGCUUAAAGGAUUCUCAUUCUUAAGAAAUGGCUGUACUGAUAUCAAACGGGGAUCUUUCAUAUCCACUUUCUUCCAAGUCUACCAGCCAUCUCAGAUUGUUGCUGUAAUAUGCCUGACAAUCAAGGACACAGAAAAAUAACUUGAUACACAGCAAGGACAUGGCAAUCAUAUCCUGUGUCGUUAUGUAUGCUCUGGAUGAGGUUUGUUAAAAUGACAAUAUUGCACAAAGCUUUAUAUAAGACCCAUCAAAUUAAGGGUCACUAUGCACUGUCAUAGCUAAAAUGGCCUGGUCAGAAGCGACCACUGGAUCACUCUUCUGUAACUUCACAUGAGAGGCUUGUGCUUUUUGUGUUUUUUUAUUUUUCUGUUUUUUUCUUAUUUAUUUAUUUAUUUAUUGCUUUAUAUGUUUUCCGGAAGAUAGUUCAAGUCAUGGAUCUGCCCCCAAAAUCUGAGCUUUGCUACUAAUACUGUAAACAGUAUUAGUGUAUGCAUUCAAUAAAAUAACUGGUUUUUUUUUUAGUACGAUAGAUGCUUUUGUGUUUUGUGGGGUGAUCCAUGAAACAGGAGUGAAGAUGCUUGUUUCUUACUCUGUCCACUGAGUUAUGUCUCUAGGCUUGUCCUACUCCUUUGGCUGCAUCCCCCCCCACACAUCUGCUGACUAUUUUAUUUUUCAGAUGAAAUCACACGUUAUAGCUUAGAGAGGCCUGUAAGCAAUCCUACUUUGGUAACUUAAGUGCAAAGAGGAGAGCCCCACACUCAGCCUGAGGGUGCAUUCACUGGUGGAUCCAAUAUUUCAGUUUCCUCUCCUAACAGAUCACCACAUUGUUGCCAGGACCAUAAUGAAUGCAAUUCUUUCUCCUAAAGAAUCUGGUGGCAACUGUCAAAUGUUAAGCACAAGGCUUCAGGUUGUACCUAUAACACACACCCACAUUACAACCUACCCUACAGGCUAUUUCUGGGUUUGAUUUCAUGCACCUGCACAUGAUGAGACAGGAGACCUCUUUGACUACUUAUAGGAACUGGUGUGAUUUCUCAGUAAUCAUUAAUGGGUAAUAUUGCUGACUGAGGAGAAUUUGAGGUAGGAUGAAACAUUUCUGUGCAGGGAUUGGGGAGGAAGCACUCAUUUAGAUACAUAGCAAUGACUUAGGUUUUUCCAAUCAAGCCUAGAGCCAAAUUUGGCUUUGGAAUCAUGUGGUGCUCAGUGGCUAUGCCACAGGGAAGUCCCCUGAAAAGGGCACAUCAGCUUUUGCUCAGUACAGGGAGAACAUUAGCAAGAAGGCAAAGUCUGUUAUCCAUGACAUCAGCCGUCCCUUCGUGGACAUUCUAUUGUCUCCUAGAGACUUCUUGGAAUCCCUGUGAUGUCACCAGUAUUGUUGUGACAACCAAUUCCCUACUUUUUCUCUUAGUGUCCAAAGGAUAUAUCCACAGACAUGUUUGCCCGUCUUUGUAGGCACUUUGGGAGAGUUGAUGUUGAUAGAGAAGAGUCUAGAGUGAAGCAAACGAAAUCUAAAGAGGCCGGCAGACAGACGUCAUCCCCUGAAAAUGUCCUAAACAAGGUGCAGGCCAACGAGGAAGAAGAGAGGCUGAAUAGAGAACUGGAGCUAACUACCAAGGAGAGAAAUGAGCUGACAGAUCGCCUCCUUUAUGUGACAGGGGGAUCCAUGAGUAAGAGCCCCUACUUCAGGCCAAAUCCAUUUUAUGAAAACUUGAAGAUAAAGGAGAAAGAGGUCAUGUCAUUACUGCACAACUUAGACACAAAGAAUAUUGAACAUCGUGAGAAAUUUCAGGAGCUCAAGAAGGAGAUUAACUUCUAUCGCAACCUGCACAGCCGGCUCCUGAUGGACCAGGCAUGUAUGAAGAAGAAGUUGGUCACAUUGAAGCAGGAGAGCAAGGAGGUACAGCGAUAUUUGUUUGAGUUGAACCCGAAUGAUGAAGACGAACAGGAGAAGACCAGCAACCUCCAGACCCAGCAAAAUGUGGUCUCAGGAACUGCAGGAGACAUGGCAUAGCAUGGAUCCCAGGAAGACAGCCCCUGAGGAAUGAGUUUCUCUCUCAAGAGUUCCCUGUGACGACAAUCCUCACAGUCAAAGACUUUUUGGGGGAAUAUUCUUCUUCUCAGAUAAUUUCCUCAAUGUAUAGAGACCCUAAAUUUAUGUAUCCGUAUGCCAGCCUAUCUCCUUGAGGUCUUUCUCCUUUCUCAUACCGACAACACCAUUUGAGAGACAACUGAGGGGACUGCCUUGACAUCUCACGUCCUAGAGGAGAAACAGCACUACAACUGUGUUUCUAAAUGUUCAUUAAGAAAAUGCUGUUAAGAAAUGUUUUUGGUUAUGAUUUUCAUUGAAGUUUUCUUUUUGUUAUUUCAUAGUUAUAUAUUCUUGUUACUGUUUUUCAUUUUUAUACCAUUUUAGUUGUUCAUUUUAUGCCUGUUUUUUGUUAAAUGUAUUCCUUAUGAAUAAAAAUUGAUUUGUAACUCUUGA